GUGCCUCGGGAGGAAGGAAACGAGUGCGGUGCGUUGUUUUGGUAAGAUGUGUCCCCCCGCCAGCGUCACACAGGAUGCUGUCAAGUAAACACUAUAGAGGUACAAUGUGUGGUGUGCUCCGUCGCCACAUACACGCGCAUACACUCACGUGGCUUUACAACUCGGCCACUGUGGCUUCUGUACCUCAAGCCCUGGGUCACGACAGCCGCUCAGCGUGCGGACAUCCUGUGGGGGGAUACUUACAUAACAGGCCUUCCCACACCAGCGACAGACAGUAACGCCGAUGGAGCACCUCAGUAACACACGCGUGAUGAUAGUGUGUAUAGUAUUGAGUGAAAUGUCCUGCUUUAUGAUUCUGACAGUGUGAAAUAACAGUGAAAUUGAAAUGUUGAUCUGUGUUUUUUAAGCUGAUACUAAUUUUGCGUAACUUCAAGUUCUACUCAUAAAGGAAAAGCAAAUAUGGAUAUGAAUUAAUAUUUGGAACAGUUUACCGAAUAAUUAAAUGAUUCUGACAAUGUGAUAUAACAGAGGAAUUAAAAUAUUGAUCUGUGAGUUAGCUAAUACUAAUUUUCUAUUAAAUUCAAAGUAAAUUCAAGUUCGCAUCAUAAAAGAAAGGCAAAUACAAAUAGAAAUUAAUAUUUGGAAGAGUUAACCUAACAAAUAGAUCGUUUUCUAUAGCAGGUUUAGAGAAAACAAGUAAUAAAUGCUAAACAACUCUAAAACUACCACUUUGAAAACUAAUCAUAAAAAAACUCACGCAAAUUAAACCCUGGAUUCACUGGACAAACUCAAGCCGCGAAACAAAACAUCAACUCUCAAAUGGCAAUAAGCAUGAGGAUACUGUCUGUAAGGAGAUGAGACUUGCCGUGACGCUGCAGCACACGAGGAGGGGAAGGCAGCGGCGGGACCAGUGAGGGGGACGCAGCCGUGAACGAUCUCAUCUCAGACACACACACCUGCCAGCAAGAUGGGGAUUGACUGGCGACUACUGCCUAUGAAGGUCCAUUACUUCCUUCGCUUUAUGGGCACGGGGCCGCUGACGGUGAUCCUGCCCGUGAUCACCAGACAGAUGGGCGUGCCGGAUCAUGUGGUGGGCGUGAUCUGGAUGGUGUUGUCUCUCGUUAGCUUAUUGACAAAGACCACAGCGGGCGCCAUCGCGGACAGCACACGAAGCCACCGAGCAGUGUUCCUCGUGGGCAUCGUGUUCAUGGUCACCCCACUCACUGCCCUCUACUGGGUCCCCGAUAUUCCCCCCUCCCCAUCCUUCCCUACACACACCCUUUCCUCCAACUCAUCCACUCUGCCCCCAGCCACUGCCUCUCUGCUCACGUCAGUACCUUCCCUCUCCACGUCUCCUGCUGAGGUGGAUGGUGGUGGUUUAUUUCAAAGCACCGAAAACAGUAGUGAUGCAGUGUCCACCACGACUACUGCUCCUGUGCCUCAAGGUAGAGGGACGGAGCUGUUGAAGAGUUACGAGUUCUGGCUUCUGUUCCUGUGCUUGUUGGUGCAAUACUGCGGCCACACCACCGUUAUCACCAUGCAAGAGACGGUGUGUUUCCAACUCCUCGGGGAGGAGCGCCACAAAUACGGCCAGCAGCGUCUGUGGGGCACCGUGGGAGUGGGACUGUCCGCCAUCAUCUCAGGAGCAUUGGUGGACCUGUAUUCGAAGGGCAUGGGCCAGAAGGACUACCUGCCAGCACACAUCCUAACCGCCGUGUUCCUGGUAGUAGAUCUCUUCGUGGUGGCUUUCCUCAAAUUCCCCCACCCUGAGAGGAAGAUCAGCUCGGCCGCCCUGCAGGGAGCUCUAUGGCGCCCUCACGUCGUCCUGGUGCUGGUGACAACGGGCGUGGUGGGCGUGGUGUCUGGGGUGCUGUGGACCUUCGAGUUUCUACUGGUGGUGGACGUGGCCGGGAAGGGAUUCGUCCACCAGAAGUUGCUGCUCGGCCUCCUGACGGGUGUACAGUGUUUCCUGGCGGAGGUGCCCUUCUUCGUGCUGGCUGGUCGCAUCAUUCAGCGGUUGGGUCACGCCAACGCCCUGUUCGUGUCGCUGCUCGGCUUCACACUACGACUCAUCCUCUAUUCCGUCGUCACCAACCCCUGGGUCUUCUUGCCGAUUGACCUUCUUCACGGCAUCUCCUUCGGCGUGGCCUACCCCUGUUUCACCUCCUACGCCAGCAGUGUGGCUCCCAAGGGCGCAGCAGCCACCACACAGGCCAUCUUCGGUGCCAUGUUCUUCGGGAGCACGGGCGUGGGAGGUUUCGUAGGCGGGCAGCUCUUCAAGGCCGUGGGCGGGGCAAAGACUUUCCUCCUGAUGGGCGCGGCCACGGGCGUGUACGCGUUAAUGUUCUCCCUAGCGCAUCUCAUCCUAGCAAGACUCACCAGGUCAUCGCUAGAGACGAUAGGUGGGCUGAACGCUGAGUCGAGGAGGGAAGACGCGAAGAAGGACACCAAGGAGAAGGGGGAGGAAGCGGAAGUGAUGCUUGAGGGAGGGCAGAAGAAUGGAGGCAAGGAAAUGGUAAUGGGUGUGAGCUUCCGUCAGACUGAUGAGAGAAACUGAAAAAUGGAUGGUGAAUCAUAGCUGGGAGUGUAAAUAUAAAUAGUAAAGGGAGGUAGAGACUAAUAGUGUUUAAAUUGAACGGAAAGAAAUGAAAGGAAGAAGGGAAUGGGAAAUGAGCAGUGACAAUGUGUAAGCCUAUAGAAGGGUGAGAAAGACGAUAAUGAAUUUAUGUGCAUGAACGAUAGGAGUGAAAGAAAAUGAAAAAGUACCGUAUAUAUGCCGGAUUAUAAGAUUUUUUUUUCUUUGCCAAUUUUGAGGCUCCUAAAUCAAGGGGUCGUCUUAUAUACCGAAAUAAAACACAAUCUUUAUCCCCGUGGUGAAUAUUAAGUGCCACAGCAUCUUGGAAUUAGGUAAAAGAAAUGAUUAAGCAAACCAUUUUGAAUACUGAAUAGAAACUUUGAAUAAUAAAUGCAUGGCUGUGAAUUGAGAAGACUGGAUAUUGAUUGUAGGUUAAUGUGUAAAUACAAAGAAAAGGUGAAACUGUACGCGAUAAGACGCUGUGUGUAUAAAAGUGAAUGACACAAAAGGAAAAACAUAAAGGAUAAACAAGAGGUUAAAUGGAAACUACAAAUGUUAAAAGUGAAGGAAUUAAGAAAAAAAAAUGAACGACGGAAAGAUAAAUGUAAAAACUAUGUGAUAUAUUCAAGGAGAUAAAUAGAGAAAUGGUAAAAGACAAAGUGAAAGUAUAAAGGAAAGAGUAAAAAGGAGAGUGAAUCAGUGAACGUACACAUAGUUAAGACUUAAUGAACCAAAGCUAAAGAAAAAAAAUACCAAAGAAAAUUUCACUAAAGUUUCCUUCGAUGCCAAAAAAAAAAGCUUUACAGCGGAAAACACACACACACACACACA